AAUUGGGAUUGCAUUCAUUAGUUGUGAUUGAGGUGUGUGUGAUACCGGAUUCUGCCAUAAGUGCAUUAUUUUAGUAUGGCAACGCAUGGGUCAUUUUCCUUCAAACCUAUCAUUUCAAAUACAAGGAUCUUAUUCGGACUUCUGCCAGGACUUGGAUCACUGAUACUGUUACGCAUGGUAAUUCAUCUCUACAGGCCUGAUAUUGAAGAUGCGGAAAAUCGUGUCCGAGAUCAUCCACUUGACGAAUUGUAUGAUUAUUACGACUUCAUUGUAAUCGGCGCUGGUUCCGCGGGAGCAGUAGUGGCCAGUCGGCUGUCGGAAAAUCCGGACUGGAAUAUUCUACUAGUUGAGGCAGGCCAGGAUGAAAAUGUGCUAUCCGAUUUGCCAAUAUUGUUCCCUACUCUACAAACGUCUUCAAUAGACUGGCAGUUUGUGACAGAACCUAGCAGUGAUUAUUGUUUAAGCAUGAUAGAUAACAGAUGUAAAUGGCCGCGAGGUAAAGUUUUAGGUGGAUCGAGUGCUUUAAAUGCGAUGCUUUACGUACGUGGAAACAAAAAAGAUUAUGACGGUUGGGAAAGUUUGGGUAAUGAAGGUUGGGGUUACAAAGAUAUCUUAAAAUACUUUCUUAAAGCAGAAGAUAUGCGUAUUCCUGAAUAUCGAUCCGACCCAUAUCACUCAACCGGAGGUCCCAUAUCUAUAGAGUAUUUUAAAUUCGAGCAACCAAUAACAAAUAAAAUUUUAGAAGCUGGUCAGCAACUUGGAUUCAGUAUAGUUGACGUAAAUGGCAAAUUCCAGACUGGAUUUACAAGAUCACAUGCUACUGUUCUUGAUGGACUUCGGUGUAGUACGGCAAAAGGUUAUCUUCGAUCUGCAUCGAAACGACGUAAUCUUCAUGUAAGCGUACAUUCACUAGUAGAAAAAGUUUUAAUAGAUGAAUACAAAAAGGCGUACGGGAUAAAGUUCAUGAAACAUGGAAAAUCAAAGAUAGUUAAAUCCAUAAAAGAAGUUAUUUUAUCAGCGGGAGCUAUUCAGUCUCCGCAACUGCUAAUGCUAUCCGGUGUUGGUGAUAGUGAACAACUAAAGGAACUCGGUAUAUUUCCUGUAAGCCAUCUACCUGGUGUUGGUAAAAAUUUGCAGGAUCACAUAGCUAUGGGUGGUCAUUCGUUUUUAUUUGACAACCCAUAUACUAACGGUUCAGACUACAGUUUUGAUUUAAAUACUAUUAUGUCUGUUGCUAGUAUUAUCGACUUUGCACUUAAUAAGAACGGACCGUUGUACAGUAUGAUGGAAGCUGAAGCGAUGGCUUUUGUUAACUCAAAAUAUCAAGACCCUGCUGAGGAUUAUCCUGAUAUUCAGCUAUUUAUAGCACCUACUGCUGAUAAUAUGGACGGAGGUAUAUUUGGAAAGCGUGCUAAUGGUCUUACAGAUGAAACAUAUGCCGAGCUGUAUGAAGAUAUUUUAUAUCAACCCUCAUUUUCCAUUGUGCCAUUACUUCUACGACCUAAAAGCCGAGGAUAUAUUAAACUACGGGAUGCAAAUCCUUAUUCACCCCCGCUUAUUUAUCCAAAUUACUAUUCACAUCCGGACGAUAUGCUAAGAAUGAUAGACGGCGCCAGAAUUGCUCAGAGCUUGUUAGACCAGCCCGCUCUAAAAGGAUUAAAUGCCAGACCAAAUCCUAACCGCAACCCUGGUUGUGCAGAACAUGACCUCAUGUCUGACGAACAUCUGGAGUGUCAAGCUCGCCAUCACUCGUUGACUAUUUACCAUCCCGUAGGUACCUGUGCUAUGGGACCAGCGAACAAUAAUUAUGAUGCAGUUGUCGAUCCUAGAUUGCGGGUAUACGGUAUACAGAAUUUAAGAGUAAUCGACGGCAGCAUCAUGCCGACAAUAGUCAACGGUAAUACUAAUGCACCGAUUAUAAUGAUUGCUGAAAAGGCAUCAGAUAUGAUUAAAAAUGAUUGGGCUGCUGCUUCAAAUUAUUUUUCAAAAUAUCACGAUCAACCACUCGUGAAACCUAUAGAUGCGACUAAUCUAAAUUAUAUGCAAUACAGAAAUACGGCAGAACUCACGACAAAGCCAGAUAUUUUCACAGAAGUUACAAAACUGUUUCCAUAUUUAUCGAAAGAUGUUGCUCACAAAUUCAAUAAAUCAAAACAAGAAACAAACCUAUCGGAUAAAAGAAAAGAAAACUAUAAAAAUAGAAGUUUUGAUCAUGAAAAAUUAUUUUUAUAUACUACAAAUAUUACUAGACCAGCGAAAAGUUAUCAUACGCCAACAUUAAAUAAAUUUUUAAGUCAUAGUUACCAUAAUAAUGACGCUGCGAGAUUUAGACCGUAUCCAUAUAGCCAGCAUAAAAAUAGAGCACAAGAAUCACACGCCAAGAACUUACUACAUCAAAAACAGAAUAUUUUCAAUCAGUUAUCUAAACCAUCGUAUGUGCAUUUAAAACUAAAUGACAGACAUGCAACCAAAGAAAAACAAUUCAACGAAGAACUGAAUCCUGAAAGAAUUAAUCAAAACAGAUUAACUGAAAAGAAACAGCAAUUAAAUAGUGUUUAUUUAAACGAUAGAUCAAUUCUAAACGAAAACAGAGAUUGUAGGCUUUGGUUAUAUUACAAUGGGGUAAAAUAUGAAAUAGACAUAUAAUUAUUACCAACUAGAUUAUGCCUACAACUUUGUCCGUCUGGAUUUAUGUGUUCGAAAGUCCCGUGGAAACUAUUUGAUUUCACGGCCUAAAAUGUAGCCUAUAUAUUCAGGAUAUAAGCUAUCUAAUUUCUAUUCCUAAUCGAUUCAAUCAUGUCAGCGUGAAGGAAUAACAAACGUCCAAACUUUAACAUAAUAUUAAGUAAGAUUAGGACAAUUAUUUAUUAUAAUAGUAUAAUUAUAAUUUACGUAAUUUUAGAACUUAUUAUCUUUCAACGUAAUUGCAUUGAACUAAGCUUUAAUUCUUAGAAAACGUUAAUUUUUUACAAUAAUUCAUUCAUGUUUCGAUGCAAUCAUUAUUACCAUAAUUGAUUUCUA